AUGCCGAGGAUCGAACACGAUGGCAAUAUUUGUAAUUUAUUCUGUCAGAUAACUACGAGUUUGGAAUAUGGCGAAGAAGUAUGGAAGGAAGUUCUACGUCUAUCAGAUUGCCCAUACACCGUCUUUAACACGCAUCAAAUAUAUCCCGACUGCGUAAUACCAUCCCUUGCUUUGGCCUGUGCAGAGAUUACAUCCGAUUCUUACGACAGCUUUAUGAACUUCUUUGGUAGAUGUUUUAUAAGAUAUAUGGGCAGAUUUGGAUACGAUGUUUCCAUACAAGCUACGGGGCGCUUUUUUACAGAUUUUCUGCAAAACGUCGAUAACCUUCAUUCACAAUUCAGAUUUACUUAUCCCAAAAUGGAGAGCCCGUCGAUGUAUUUAACGGAAGUUAAUGAAAAUGGGUGCAAUUUGGUCUACAGCAGCGUUCGACAAGGUUUCAAACAUUAUUUAAUGGGUCAAUUGCAACAAGUAGCAAUGGAAUACUUCCAUUUAGAUGUGACGACGACGGUUCUGGAGACGAGAUUAUCUAACGCUAACAAUCGAUCAUUGUAUGUAAUAACACUCCGUUUGGACUUCGACAAUUCGCAAUAUAUAAUCCUUCUACGCUGUACAAUCCUGCUGAAGUAUGUUAUCGGAUUCGGACCACAAAACGACGCGACGGGUGCUUGUUUGCAGACAUAA